AUGCGGCUCCUUCAAGUUCAUACGAGACAGUUGGAGGAAUUCAAUGGGCAGCCCGCCCCGCCUUAUGCUAUUCUUUCACAUACAUGGCAGAAGCAUGAGAUAACUUUCCGAGAUAUUUCAAACCCGGAUCACACCAGCUAUGAGCAGUAUACGAAGAUAGAUGGGUGCUGUCGACAAGCUGCUAAAGAUGGCCUUGACUACGUGUGGAUCGACACUUGCUGCAUUGACAAGUCAAGCAGUGCUGAGCUCUCCGAGGGUAUUAAUUCGAUGUUCCGAUGGUAUAGACAGUCUAGGAUCUGUUACAUCUACCUGUCAGACGUAUCCGCAGAUGAUGAUCCAUUUAGCGACGAUUCAGAGUUUCGAAACAGUCGCUGGUUUAGAAGAGGUUGGACGCUCCAAGAAUUACUCGCGCCUAUGGAGCUGAUAUUCUUUGAUUCUUUGUGGAAUGAGCUUAAUAUCGGCCGUAUCAAUCGGUCAUUGGAACCAAACCGAGCCCAAAAUCUCCAGGCCGCGUUUACGCACCAAGAGCAUUAUCUCAAUAGGCUGGGGUUGCUCUACCUCCUCUCCGAGAUAACGAAUAUUCCGAGGAUUGCUCUAGACUCCGGGGAUUUCUCCCAAUUCUGUGCCGCGGCUCGAUUGGCUUGGGCGGCGGACCGAGAGACCACGCGAGUCGAAGAUAGAGCUUAUAGUCUUUUAGGUCUUCUUGAAGUUAACAUGCCUCUUCUUUAUGGCGAGGGGAACAAGGCGUUUACCCGCCUCCAGGAAGAAGUUAUCAAGUCACGCGACGAUGACAGUUUACUGGCUUGGGGUUAUCGCUUGACACCGAAAACGCAACCUAGACUCCACGCGGAUCCCGUCCUCGCUCAGUCGCCUUCUGAUUUCAAACAUUGUCACAGUUUUCAAAAGCUUCAGACUGAGGAAACCAGCCCUGAUGUACCACUAACGACAACUCACUCUGCUAUGACAAACAUUGGCAUGCAGAUGGCAAUCCCUCUUCGUCCAAUUGAUUCCAAGAAUCGAGUUUUCAUUGCAAUUCUGAGGUGUCUUAUCCCGGGGACCUUCGACCACAGGAAUCAUCUAGUGCUCCCCCUAGUUCGAACUAAAGGAGGAGACAAAAACCAUUACAGUCGAGCACCAGGUAGCCCACCCUUCCUCAUCCGCAGGGAGAAACUAUUCUCCCUUAUUAACAAUUCCAAAUUAUUAUUUACCCUUAGCCGAGUACCAGCACUAUGGAAACUCUUCAUCACAAAGCCAACGUCAACACCGAUUUAUCUCCGAGAAAGCACUCCCAUGCCACCACUAUCAACCACUUGGCGACUCUCCAAGAGAAAGGAAUGUGAGACGAUAGGUCUUCAUAUUGAAGAAGUGAUAUCGGCAGGCUACGAAAUUAUUUCUUUCUAUCCCCCUUGGAUCACAAGGAGGAUGGAUUAUGGCAAUUGUCUGGAUCUUCGAUUAGGAUCGUCAGUUCCAGCAAAAUUUAUACUCAUAUUCUCACGACCCGGAGAGACUGAAAAUGGACGUUUAUCUUUCGCAAUAUGCAUAAGUCCAAAGGCGCGACGAAUGACAAGGGUGAAGCACCGAUCAGCACUGGAGUUUUUGAUGGAGCAGAGCCGAGGUUUAGAAGUUGAUAUGAACCAUCAUGGCAUCCAACACGAGAAUUUGGAACUCGGCGAGGAAGAUUCAGGCGGGCAUGUUCGGCGCAUUCAUUCCAUAUGGUUCGACUACAUGUUUGGCGAUGUUCGCGUUAAGUGUAAGGUGAAAGAAUCAAGUAAAGGCGCUAGCAACGGCGAACAGGAAGAUAAUAAACCUAAAGGAGAGUCUUACGUUAUCAGCACACUGGCAGAGCAGGAAGCUGCUAAGUCUUGGGGCACUGGGAGUUCGGAUUCGCCUACAUUAAAAUAG